ACAAAAACGCAUGUUCCGCGGAGAAAGAAAUCCGGGUUUUUAGUGAAAUGAUCAAUCGAUUGUAAUUUUCAGAAUGAUAUCCUCGAUCGUUCUAGGCGCAAUACGACGACAGUGUUUGAAUCGUGUUCGUCCGCUUGCUGUUCAGAAACUGGUCCAAGGACGAGAUUUCUGCGCGGCUCCACUAUCGGGACACGGAAAACGCCGGCCCAGAGAUGAUUUUUCGGUGCUCAGCGAGGCACACCUGAAUCCGGAUCAUUUCGGGACACUCUCACCGCAGGUCGAAGAACCGGAAAUCCCGGACGAGGGUGAUCUUCGCGAGGAGGAGUUCCUCCAGAAUCCACCAUCCCGGGCACAGAAGCUCUCCGUACGCGAGUAUGCCGAUUUAAUCAAGGAUCACCUCAAAAAUGGACGAAUCCGCGAAGCGCUGGACGUGGUAGAGGUGCGCAUGAAGGAGGAUCGUGUGAAACCGGUCAACUAUCACUUCAACCUACUGAUCGGUGGCUGCGCUCGAGUGGGCUACAGCAAAAAGGCGUUCCAGCUGUUCAACAAAAUGAAACAGCACGGACUGAAGGUUACGGGUGGCACGUACACCUCACUGUUCAACGCCUGUGCGAUGUCCCCCUUUCUGGCCGAUGGAUUGAGCCGCGCCAACCACUUGCGCGAGGUAAUGCUGGAGAAGGGCUACGAACCGAACGGAUCGAACUAUAAUGCCAUGAUCAAGGCGUACGGCCGGUGUGGCGAUCUGAAGACGGCUUUCCAGUUGGCUGAUGAGAUGGUCGUCUCGGGAAUGACGAUCGAAACGGCCACGUUCAACUUUCUGCUCCAGGCUUGUAUCAGUGAUCGCGAGUACGGAUUCCGGCACGCGCUGCUAGUGUGGCAUCGGAUGCACCGCAUGAAAGUAUUGCCCGAUCGAUAUUCGUUCAAUCUGCUGCUGCGCUGCGUACGAGACUGCCAGUUGGGCGAUCUAGAGACGACGCAACAGUUGAUCGAACAAAUUCUGCGCGACAGUAUCGGGGAAAGCGAGAAGAGAACGAAACUGUUGCCAUCAGGAGAUGAAGGCAAGCUGGAACUGGCGGAGCACGAGGCGGGACAGACACUAGUGGAGACAAGCGAUGGUGAGCUAAGUGAACGUCUGCUACAUGAAGGUGUUCCGGAUCUCCUUUCACCCAAACCACACCUCGGAAGUUUAGUGAAGCUAGGUGAGGUACGAAAGCCCGAGGAUCGAUUACUGUUGCUCGGUGGCACUGGGAAAAUUUUCUCCGAGAUGGAACGGUGUGGCGUUGAACCGGACAUUCGCUCACUGACCGAGCUGUUGGAUGUGAUUCCUCCAACGUAUGCCGCCGAAAAGCAGCUGCUAACGAUAAUCAAGCAACGGAAACUACGUUGUGAUGUGGACUUCUUCAACAUCCUCAUCAAGAAGCGAUCGAUGCGAUUCGAUUACGAUGGCGCAAAGGAUGUUCUGCACAUGAUAGAGGCAGCCAAUCUCGAACCGGAUAUCGUCACGUACGGUGUGCUGGCCCUUGGCUGCCAGACCCAAGAGGAAGCACGCUCACUAAUGAAAAUGAUGCAGGAUGCUGACGUGCGCAUCAACAUCGAGAUACUCGGUGCCAUGUUACGGCAAGGUUGCGCCAGACAAAAUUUCCGCUACAUCACGGAAGUCCUGAACAUCGUAAAGCGGGAGCGGUUAAAGCCGAACGAACACUUUCUUCGCCAUCUCGAGUCCUUCGCCAAGGAAUGUGAAAAGCGCGACCGUGAGUACGAUGCAAAACCCCGCAAGAAGGGCCGGGAGGAGUUCAAGAUGGAGUACAAUCGCUACCGGAUGCAGCUAGACGCCUGGAGGGAACAUAUGGGAUUGCAUGGGCUUGCGUUGGAUCGAGCGCUUGGGAUCGUGCGCGAUCAUCCGUGGGAACAGUUCAAACAACCGCAGGCCGAUGGAUUUGAGGCGGUGAAGAAUCCAAAGUUACGUCACAAAACGAAAAAACAGCAUCAGAUUCGACAGGUCGUUCUCGAUACGAUGCCCGAGGCGAAACCUCAGGUGACUGACGGUAGCGUUAAGCCAGACGUCCGGUUAGUACAUUGAUUGUGAUCUCCAAUAAAGGUGUCUAGUAGAUUACGUGUAAAACUGUAAUAGCUACAAACUACAGUAGAACGUUAUCGUUUUUGU